AUGCCAGUCACGGUUUUCGGUUCGUUGAACCAGGACCUUGUCACACACACAGUGAAGUUCCCCGGGCCGGGCGAAACGGUCCAGGGCGUGUCGUUCGAACGCCACCUGGGCGGCAAGGGCUUCAACGGCGCCGUGGCCGUCGCCAAGCUCAAGGCGCCCACCGACCGGUUCACGGUGCGGCUCCUCGGGUGCUUGGGCGACGACGACGCGGUCGCCAACGACUUCAUCGCGUACCUGAAGGCCAACAACGUCAGCACCAGCCUGCUCAAGAAGGUGAAGAACACCGCCACGGGGACGGCGUCCAUCGUGGUGCAGGACAACUACGCGGGCGAAAACAGAAUCAUCGUCGUGCCCGGCGCCAACGCACACCUCCACCCGACCCCCGCCGAGCUCGAGCGCUGCUUCAACGCCUCCAACCACCCGGACCUCAACACCUCCAUCGACAACCCGGCCUUGCCCUCCCACGCAGAUGAUUUGGCUCAUUUCGUCGUGCUACAGAAUGAAAUCCCAAACCCAACCGCCAUCAUCCACACCUUGGCCUCUUCAUAUCCUAACGUUAGGAUCUUCUACAACCCAUCUCCAUUGCCUGCAAGAAAGGCCGGAUACAAUCAGGACUUCCUCUCGGCUUUGCAUGAAUCUCACUACUUGGUUGUCAACGAGCACGAGUUGGCCGGACUUGUGAAAAACUUCCACCCUAACCCCGACCGUGAGCCUCUCACACUAUUGAGCAACACCUCUAACUUUGAGCCACAUUCGGAUUACGCCGACCUGGUGAACCUCAACAUAAAAUUGAUGACAAAGCUACGUACAUUGCUCACCAAGCCAUCUCUUAUUGUCACCUUGGGCCCGGCAGGUAUUUUGUACUCCGAAGAGGGCAAGUUCAACUACGCCUACAUCCUUGCUGAGGAAGUGGACAGCGACGACAUUGUCGACACUACAGGUGCAGGUGACACCUUCUUGGGUGCCGUGGUCACCUCUGUCUACCGGAAUGAGACUUUAGAGUCCGCCGUCAAGUUCGCUGCCCGGGCGUCGGCAGAAACCAUCAAGUCCAGAGGUGCUGCAGAGAGCAUGCCAUACUGGAAGGACGUCGAAAAGCGUGGAUGGUUAUUGUAA